UACUGAGGGAGCGCGCUGGAUGCGGCGAGGAAUAACUCACACACACACGCACGCACACACACACACACACACACAGUGCUCCACAACUGGCAAGAAAAAAAAAAAAAAAAAAAGAAAAAGCUCAGACAUGGAUGACCCACUCACAAAAUGGCUCCACUUACACAGUAACAUCAACAACACGGCUGGAACGGAACUGUAGCGAGUGGUGAGACGGUGUGAAAAUGAUGGAAAAACGGCAGCAGGAUCUUUGUCCUGGAAGUCCCGACGCCGGGUCCGGUCCUGGAAAGCGGGAGGACUCCUUCACCAUCUCCAGACGGAACGGAUGCAAGGAGGACGAGGAGCCGAAGGAGGAGAGGGAGGAGGAACGGGAGGAGGAGGAGGAGGAGGAGGAGGAGGAAGAGGAAGAGGAGGAGGAGGAGGAGAGGGGAGGGAGGUACAAGCGGGGCGAGGAGACGGAUGACGUUCCUCUGCAGAACUCGAGCAACGGGACCAGCAUCAGCAUCAUCAUCAACGGGGUUGCCAAGGAAACUGCCUCUCACAACGCCCUUGACCUGAAAAGGGAAGUGCCGGUGAUCGAGCUCUCCAGGAGGGACGCUAUAAAAGCGGUGGAGCACAGGACCGAGAACCAUUUGGUGCCGAUCACGGAACUUCGCAGACCUCCACCGCUGCCGCUGCCGCCGCCGCAACGAGACGACGCUCGAAUGGUCCAGCUGAGUCCCAACGCGUUUCCUGUCCCGGCCCGGGCGAUGCUCUACAACCUGGCGCAGCCUCUCGCCGCCAUCAACAGUCUCGGAGGGGAGUCGGAGCAGUACAGCAUGUACCCCAGCAACAGGGUAAAGCGCCGCCCGGCGCCUUAUGAGGUUGAACUCGACGAGGGUAGGCGCAUUUUAGAUCUUUAUAAGUAUGCCGGCCAGCCCAAGAUUGUCCGCCGCAUCUUCACCAACAGCCGCGAGCGCUGGCGGCAGCAGAACGUGAACGGGGCCUUCGCCGAGCUCCGUAAACUCAUCCCCACCCACCCCCCGGACAAGAAGCUGAGCAAGAACGAGAUCCUGCGGCUCGCCAUGAAGUACAUCAGCUUCCUGUCCAACCUGCUGGAGGACCAGGACGGGAGCAGGAACGUGGGCGGCGCCGCCGACGGGGAGACGGGGCUGCUGGUCGGGGUCGCGGCCCACGAGGGGGGCCCUCAGGGCGGAGCGCAUCAGGACACGGUGGUGGGCCUGGCCAGGGAUGACCUCCUGGAGACCAUGUCCCCGGGAUCCAGCUGCGGAAGCUUGCCCGACGGCGACGCCGAGGGCAGUCCGGAGAGCUUCAUGGAGGACCAGGACUCGCCUCCGGCCCCCAGGACUCUAACGGCGUCGCGCGGGCCGCCGCUGCACCUCGCCUCCAGGGAUCUAAGGCGCAACGGCCGCCCUUUGGACGGGUCCGGCCGCCGAUGAUGCUGAUGUCAAAUGACUGCAGACACAAGAGCUGAGACUGACCAGGAGCCGGGAGAGGGAUUGGGGAAAAGACGGAUCUGCUCAGGACUCUGUUCGCUUUGAGUCACCGGUGCAGAGACGGCGAUCGAGCUCCACGCUGUGUCUGAAGUGGAUCACGACACGAGUGCAUUGUUUCCACAGAUUGUUUGAAUUUGAUCCAACAAAAAAAAAAAAAAAAGACUUGUAAAUUCUGCAUGAAACAGCGGAUUCUAACUUUCUGUGUCUUGAAAGUUCCAAAGACUGACAAAAAGAAAAAUGCUAGAAAUCACAAACAAGCAGAAAGCAAAGCGUUAAAAAUAAUAUUCAAAGAUUAUUCGAGAGACGCUCGGUCAUCGCGUUAAAACGAUAGAUCUGAAGUGCUGCAGGUCAACGGUCCUGAAUUAUCAGCAAAUUAGCCUGGAAUUAAGUGCCAAGUAGAUUUGGAUGUAAAGACGUAGACAAGCAGACUCUCAUCGUUCCCACGCAGUUCCGUAUGUAUUGUAAAUAGCAUCACAUUUUCAACCGGACGAUGUAAAAACAGCGAGGCCGACUGAGGCUGGCGCGGUUCAAGGUGCACCGUCGUCGUGUUUGUCGACGGGGUUUUUACCAGCUGAGUUUUCAGGAAGAGGGAGCAGAGCGUGAAGCAAGCGACUGAACAUGAAACCAGAUGUGGUACCGUUUGCUUCUGUUUGGUGAAGAGAAAAUGGCACCAGACACUUCAGACAGGAGUUUCUUUAUCUAUUUGAAUUUGCUGCGGAGGUACAAGACAUGCAGUGUUCUUAAAAGUGUACAAAAACCGUGGGUCGAAUGAAAUCAUGAACUGACUCCUGCAGUCCUUUUUGAUAUGAAUGUUUCAGUGUUUUUUUUGUUUUUGUUUUUGUUUUUUUUUUUUUGAAGCUGUAACGCAGUUGUAGUUUAGUAAGGUACACAAAAAAAUCCCUUCAUUGCCGCAUUGUACAUGCACACCCACACACACACACACACACUCACACACGCACACACGCAGACGAAACACAGCAGCCACAUGCACACGACCACACAGUGUUAAUAUCAUAAGAACACCAGCAGUUUUCUGACGCUCACUGUUGUUGGUUUUUCUGCUCUUUCAGCAGGACCUAUAGUAGCCUAUAUUGGUACCUUUGGUAUUUUAUGACUUGCAGUAAAAAAAAAAAAAAAAGGGA